ACGAGAGCGAGCAUGGACACGCUGCGCAGGCUGCGAGAAGCGCCUCGCCAUUUACUGGUGUGCGAGAAAUCCAACUUCGGCCACAGCAAGUCGCGCCACCGGCAUCUCGUGGAGACGCACUAUCAUAAUUACAGGGUUUCAUUUCUCAUUCCUGAAUGUGGGAUACUAUCAAAAGAACUGAAAAACCUAGUCAUGGAUAUUGGAUCCUAUUACUUUGUGAAGAAUUUACCACUUCAUGAAUUAAUUACACAUGAAUUCAUCAGCACCUUUGUAAAGAAAGGUUCGUGCUAUGCACUAACAUACAAUACACAUAUUGAUGAAGAUAAUACUGUUGCCCUGCUACCAAACGGGAAAUUAGUUUUAUCAUUGGAUAAAGACACUUAUGAAGAAACUGGACUUCAAGGCCAUCCAUCUCAGUAUUCUGGCCGAAAAGUCAUGAAAUUUAUUGUUUCCAUUGAUUUGAUGGAUUUAUCCUUGAACCCAAAUUCUAAGAAGUAUGAAAGAAUAUCUUGGUCCUUCAAAGAAAAGAAGCCACUGAAAUUUGAUUUUCUUUUGGCUUGGCAUCAUACAGGUGCAGCAGAAUCAACGAUGAUGUCAUACUUUUCCAGUUACCAAAUUCAGGAGCAUCAGCCGAAAGUCGCUCUGAGCACGCUGAGAGACCUGCCGUGCCCAGUGCUGCAGAGCAGCAUGCUUGGGGGACAGCUGGAGGCGUCCUGCAGUGCUCCGGAGCUCUUUGACUGGCUUGGCGCCGUCUUCAGUAACGCAGACCUAAAGAAUGAGCCUACUAAUUUCAUAUCAGCCUAUUGCUGUCCUCAGCCACAUUCAGUGAUGGCAAAAGCUUAUCUGUGUACAAUCACCGGUUUCAUACUGCCAGAGAAGAUCUGUCUCCUACUGGAACAGCUGUGUCACUAUUUUGAUGAGCCAAAGUUAGCUCCAUGGGUUACAUUGUCGGUUCAAGGCUUUGCAGACAGCCCUGUUUCGUGGAGAGAAAAUGAACAUGGCUUUCGAAAAGGAGGAGAACAUUUAUACAACUUCGUGAUUUUUAAUAACCAGGACUAUUGGCUUCAGAUGGCUGUUGGGGCAAAUGAUGGCUGUCCACCAUAAAAGAUACAAAUUUUACAA